AGAACAAUGAUUGAAACUGCUUGUGAUCCUUCGAUUGAAAGACAUUUUAAAGGCCAUGACAAUAUUAUUACAAGUUUAUGUUUUCAUCCUGAAACCACUCAACUCGUAUCGAGCAGUUUGGAUAAAACUUUAAUAAUAUGGAAUCUUAAGGAGUCUGUAAGGGCUUACAGAUUUUUAGGACAUAAAGAUGCUAUUAAUGAUGUUACCUAUGCUCCAUCGGGAGAAGUCAUAGCUAGUGUAUCUAAAGAUAGGUCUGUCAGAAUUUGGGUCCCUAAAGUAACAGGUCAAUGUUUAGAGUUCAAAGCGCAUUCAGGGGCUAUUAGAUCAGUAGAAUUUAGUCCAGAUGGAGAGAAGUUACUUACUGCAUCGGACGAUAAAAGCAUUAAAUUAUGGACUGUGUGUCAAAGAAAAUUUUUGAUGUCUUUAGUAAGUCACACAAGUUGGGUCAGAUGUGCUAGAUUUUCUUCGGAUGGUAGACUUAUAGUCUCCUGUAGCGACGAUAAAACAAUAAAAUUGUGGGAUUUUACUAGCGGACAAUGUAUUAAAACUUUUAACGAUGUAAAAGCUUAUAACACAUAUGUGGAAUUUCAUCCAAGCGGCUCUGUUAUUGGAUCUGCAAAUAUGACUGGUAGUAUUAAAUUGUUUGAUUUGCGUUCUUCUUCUUUAUAUCAACAUUAUGCAACUCAUAAAGGUCCCGUGAACAUGGUCAAAUUUCAUCCUAAAGGGAACUUCAUGUUAACUGCUUCUGAUGAUUCCACAAUGAAGGUUUUAGAUUUAUUAGAGGGUCGUCCAAUUUAUACACUUAAGGGGCACGCAAAUGGUACAAGUGUAACAUCAAUAACAUUCUCUUCUAAUGGGGAAUUUUUUGCUUCUGGUGGAGCAGAUCGUCAAUUAUUAAUGUGGAAAACUAAUUUUGAUAAAGAUGAUAUUGAUCGUAAAAUUCCCUGUCAAUCACUUUCAUCCACUAAAAAAUUAAUAUCCAAUAUUAAAGAUGAAAAAUUACAUAAAAGUAAUGAUGUUUUGGAACAGGAAGAAGAAGAAGAAGAAGAAGAAGAAGAAGAACUAUUAAAUACAAAAUUUGAUAAACUGAAUUUACAAAAUACUAGAAGUCAUUGUAAAGUACCUGAUUUUGAAGACUUGAAAGAGAAUGUAGAACAAAAAAUAAUUAAUUUAAAAGAUAAAAAACCCACUAAGCAAGAUCGUACAGCAAACGAAUUACACGUAUCCAAAAACAUUUCCGAUCCACAGUUUUCUAGACAUUCAAGCAAUAUAGUGGAUGCACUUAAUGAACAAGUACAGUCGCUACGCGAUGUUGUUGCUGUAUUAGAACAACGCUUAACAGUGUUAGAAGAAGAAUUAAGGAAAUAA